AUGGAUAAGUAUAAUGCACUACUCAUUGGACUCGAACUGGCUAGAGAAUUAGAGAUAAAGCAUCUCAAGGCUUACGGUGACUCCCAGCUCAUCGUCAGACAGAUGACGGGGGAAUACGAGGUUAGAAAUGACGAUCUGAUCCCACUUCAUAAGGCAGCUAUUAAGCUAGUCGAGUCUUUCGAAAGCUUCCACCUUGAGCACAUGCUUCGUUCCAAGAAUACGCACGCAGAUGCCCUCGCGUCAUUAGCAGGUAACCUGGCCCAACCGCUAGGGACGACUCAGCAUGUUGCUAUCGCGAGCCGACGACUCUUUCUGCCAGAGGAUGUUCUGGAAGUAAACGUUACUCACCAUAUUUUAGGUCAACUUGACUCGAAAGAUUGGCGUUUCCCGAUUAUUGACUACAUCUUAUAUGGCAUAGUGCUCGAAGAAGCUAGGGAGCGGGAAUUUGUCCGCCGACGCGCCGCAAGGUUCUACUACGACUCAACCUCAAAAAUCUUGUAUCGUAGGUCGUAUGAUGGUACGCUGCUUCGAUGUCUUUCAAAGACAAAAGCACAAUAA